AUGGCUCCUAAAAAAAGUGUGGCAUGGGAUCACUUUACCGAUAAAGGUGAUUUUAAAGCAGAGUGUAAAAUGUGUAAAGCUGUUUUCUCUUACAAAUCCGGAGUCACAAAUCUCACAAAACAUAUCCAGAGGAAACAUCUUGCUGUAAAUUUAGUUAGGAGGGAUAAUAAUUUGAACCAACUAGAAAAUCAACCUAUUCAAGAAGCACAGAUGAAUGCCCCACCAAUGUCACAAACUACUGCAACCGGUAUUUCCUCUCAAACUGCGACGACGUCGAGUAUGGUACGAAGUCAUCCGUCCAGCAUAUCAGCAUUUCUUAGACGCGAUUGUAAUAAAAUAAAAAAGGAAAUUGAUGAUCACUUAAUGAAUCUGUUUGUAUGUGACAUGCAGCCGUUUUCCAUAGUAGAAGAUAAAGGAUUUCGUGAAUUGAUCAAGUUUGCAUUCCCAAAUUAUACAAUACCAUCAAGAAAAUAUUUUGCAAACAAUUUAUUGCCAGGACUGUAUGAAGAAGUAAAAACUGCAACUAAAAUUUCUGUAAGUGAAGAUGCAAGUAGUAUAUGCUUAACCACCGAUAUUUGGACGUCGAGAAAUAAUGACUCCUAUCUGGCGAUCACGGGUCAUUACAUUGAUAGGAAUUAUAAUUUACAAUCUGUACUUCUCGAAUGUAAAGUUUUAGAAAAAAGUCACACUGGUGUACAUUUGGCCGAGGAGAUAAAAAAUGUAACUCAGGAUUGGUCUAUUCCAUCUGAGAAAGUGCUUCUUGUAGUUUCCGAUAAUGGUGCGAACAUAACGAAUGCUGUAAAGCAAAUAUUAGGGUGGAAACAUUUUAGCUGUUAUGCGCACACGUUAAAUCUAGCGGUACAAAAGAUAUUAGGAAACUCCUACAUUAAAGAUACUUUAAGUAAAGUAAAAUCAAUAGUGUCAUAUUUUAAGCGUAGUAAUGUGGCUUGGAACAAAUUGAAGACUUACCAAGAGCAAGCCAAUAAGGUGGUGAAGAGGCCCCUUCAAGACGUCCCUACACGGUGGAAUUCCACAUUUUAUAUGUUGUCACGAUUUGUCGAGUUAAAAGAUGAAAUUAAUUGCGCAAUGAGCAAUUUAGAUGUAGUGAAUUGCACUCGUUUAACAAGUUACGAUUGGGAUGUAUGUCAAUCAUUAAUUUGGGUGUUGCGUCCAUGUGAGGAAGUUACCAGAGAAAUGAGCGGUCAAAAAUAUGUUAGUGGUAGCUCGGUGAUUCCCAUAACGGUUGGCCUUACCAAUGCUCUACAGGAAAUUGCUACUGAGACAUACCGACAAGAAAACAAUAUAAGUAUAUUUCCAGACGAAGUUGAAAUGUGCCGCCAGGAUUUACUCUCCGAAAUUAAUAGUCGAUUUCAAAAUUUAGAAAGGAGCCGUACCUUAACUAUCUCUACAUUUUUAGAUCCAAGAUAUAAAUUAUAUUUCCAAAAUGCAACCGUAGCAGAAAAUACUAAACAUCACGUUGUGGGUUUAGUAACAUCUAUGAUCCAACAAACAGAAACUAAUCAACCUACAACUACAGGCUCUGAAGCACCACAAGAUGUCCAAGAAAAAAAAUCUAAUAGUUUAAUUUGGCAACAUUAUAUUAAAACCAUGAAAAAUGUACGGCCAACUGGUACAGCCAACAGUAGGGCUAUCAUAGAAGUACAAAAAUAUAUAGAUGACAGUGUGUUAUCACCAGACAUGGACCCAUUGACAUGGUGGCGAGCUAACCAAAGUAUUUACCCGAACUUAGCCAAACUGGCCAAAUUAAAAUUGAACGCAAUGGCUACCAGCGUUCCAUGUGAACGGCUAUUUUCUGUUGCCGGAAAUAUAUUAACAGAAAGAAGAUCGCGGCUUGGUAGUCGAAAAGUCCAGCAAUUAAUAUUCCUGCAGCAAAAUAAAAAACACUAA